AUGAGUCAGCAAAUGCAGAAGGAUUGGACGGCCCGUCUGUCAGCUUCAAAGGAUUGGUGCCAGCUGGCCUCCCUGUGUCCCUCAUUCACGCACUUCGUGACGUUGCAUCUGAUCCAAGAGUUUAAUUUCUACAGCAUCACCCCUUUCGACCUCAGAGUGUGCCUGGAGCCAAAAUAUAUCGUCAUCAUUCAAGAAAGCUACUGUUACGCACCAAGGCGACGUAUCACUGUCACGGUAGCCGCCAAACAUCUCGCCAGAGACCCAACGCUGGCGAACACGGACGCCAGCAUGCAAGAGGAUGGCUGCACAUCGGCCCGAAGCUCAUCAUGCCUGACUGAAAGAGGUCGUCACCCGCCCCAGGAGACCGGGACACGGUCGCCGGGACUGGUCCAGCCGGCCAUUGCUGGUGCCGCUGGACAUCGACGUGCCGGCUUGCGGCAGGGCAACUACUGUAGCCCUUCUGCCCCGUCCCGAGAGAAGAAUUCCACCGCCAGUCUGGCUGGCUCCCCUGCAGGUUGCCAAGCCAAGGUUUCGGGCCCCGUUACGGCCGUUUCUGGCCCAGACGGCCCAGACGACCCCGGCUUCGUGCAGCGACUCCAACAAUGGGACGAAACUCCUUAG